UGUCGUGAGUGUCGCGGGGGUUGUCGUUCCAUGGCGACGGCGGAUGACAGCUGAAGGUUCGCAAAGGUCCGUGACGACUACGAGCGAGCCAGCUUCGGCCUCGCAAGUCCUUUAUUUCGUCUCCUUCGUCUGGUGACACAUCCACACCACACCAAACUACACCUUCUAGCCGGGAAUAGACGCGCUCUGCUGGGCGCAGCAGUCCGGAUGUGCGUGGUGUUCUAGUUCCGCAUGGCGUAGCCUCCUUCUUCUAGAACCUUCUUCAUGGUUCCUUGCUCCGUGUAGAACCUUCUUCAUGGUUCCUUGCUCCGUGUAGAACCUUCUUCAUGGUUCCUUGCUCCGUGUAGAACCUUCUUCAUGGUUCCUUGCCCACAACCAGCGGAACCUUGCGGACUAGCGGCGGACAUGUCGGUGUCGGCCCAGUAGCGAGCGCGGUGUGGCGGCCUCGGCGUGGCGGACCUGCGACUUGGGACUUUUCUUCCAGUUGAAAACAAAAGAGGCGUAUUUGUGCUCACCUUCUUCGGGACGUGAGGACCGGAAGGACGUUGGUGUUGUCGCCAGGACGUUGGUGUUGUCGCCAGGACACCCGCGGGAAGAUGACGUCCUGCACCCCCGCAGACAUGAUCAACCUGCGACUCAUCUUAGUCAGCGGGAAGACCAAAGAGUUCCUUUUUUCGCCCAGCGAUUCGGCGGCAGACAUCGCCAAGCAGGUUUAUGACGACUGGCCAAUGGACUGGGAGGAAGAACAAGUCAGCAGUCCCAACAUCCUGAGGCUCAUCUACCAGGGACGCUUCCUGCACGGCAACGUCACGCUAGGAGCACUGAAGUUGCCUCUGGGUAAAACCAGCGUCAUGCAUUUAGUGGCCAGAGAGACGCUGCCUGAGCCCAACUCACAAGGUCAGAGGAACAGGGAGAAGACUGGAGAGAGUAACUGCUGUGUCAUCCUGUAAAUAAACACCUUUUAGCUCCGCCCCCUCAUACUUCCUGUCCCAGGCCCGCCCAUACAUACAUACAUACAUACAUAUAUACAGUAUACAUACAUACAUAUAUACAUACACACACAAGCUGUAGCCAAUUAUCACUUAGUAACUGGCUGUUAGUUGGUUGUCAUAGCAACGAUGCCUUCCUUUUCUUUCUUUAAGCUCACACUUCUAACGACUGAUUAGAUGCCAAACACACACACACACACACACACACAGACACACACACACACACACACACACACACACACACACACACACACACACACACACACACACACACACACACACACACACACACACACACACACACACACACACACACACACAC